GGUUGCUUGCUUGUCUGCAACGACCGGCGCGCGACCGGCGCGCGACGACCGCUUUUGUAACUUGGCUGCUGCCUGGUGAGAGGCGAGGCUGCAGGCUGUGUUGCGGCACUGGCCGCAGGCUUGCUAUGCUUGCGCAGCGUCUGAUUAGUGAUUGGCGGGUGCUGCUUUGACCGGUAGCGGCUAGCGGCGUUUUUGGAGCAGACUCCAAAAAGUGUGAGCAGCCUCUCUGGCGCUGUUUUUGCUCCCCAGUGGCGCGACAGCUCACCACGCGCGAGACAGCGCAUCGCAAGGGCUCCUCGCACAGCCUAUUCGGAGCACUGUGCAACUCUAAUGCACAGCAGCGUACUCGCAGCGCUGCUGGUAACUGCAUCAGCGCUGCAGCCCACGAAGAAGAUGUGGGGCACCGCUGCGUGGAAUUGGGGCUCGGCCGUCGGAGACGCGCACGACGCCGCCGCGGAGCUGCGAUCAAGUUUAAGCACCGAGGACGCGCGGCGCGAUUAUCUGAUAGCGCUGCGCACGGGGCGCGUUUCUGAGGCGUCGGCGAAGCUGUGCUUCGCGUUGACGUGCCAACGCAGUGGCAGAGCGCUGCCGGCGCCCUUCAACGACGCCUACUCGGCCCUCGUUCGCGGAGAAUACGAGAACGAUGCUGGGUUUGCGGACCUCGCGGCGUGCGCCGCGCCCGGCGUCGACCGCUACAAUCUCAACGUGCAGCUCUCCGUGAAGCCGCAGCGCUUGACCGAAUUUUUGGAGAUCAUCGAGGCGAACGCGGUAAGUACUCUUCGCGAGCCGCGGAACCUGCGCUACGCCUGGGGCGAAAGCGCCACCGUACCAGGAGUCUACCACUUCCAGGAGAGCUUCGUCGGCAAACAGGGCUUCGACGAGCACUGUGCCGCACCCACGUUCACAGCCUGGGAGGCCUUCGCGGGUUCUGACCCCUUCACGGCCGAGCCGUCGGUGCAGUUCUACGUCCCGACGACGAGCGUCGCAGCAGACCACGCGCCGUGCGUCUGCGUCGCCGCGUUCCUGGCGGCGCUGGACUUCGUGCCGCGCGGGUGCUGAAUCGAGCUUGCGACGGCGUUGUAAGUGUGAUACUAUAG